AUGGGCAAUAAAUAUGGCAAAGAAGCAAUUGAUGGACUAAUCAAGUCUCAUGAAUUUAAUCUGGAAGCAAAUGAGAGUAAGUGCAGAACCUGUGUAUUGAAAGCUGCAAGAAUUUUGAGGGCAAAGCAUGGAAGGAAGAGUGUUGCCGAGAAGGAACUAGAAGGGCUUGAGGAGCUGCAAAUUUCCAAGACUGCUUCAAGUAGGAGUUUGGUUUGCCCCAGCAACCAUUUCAGCAAAUUUACUUGCUGCAGCUAUGAAUAA